AUGGCGAUUUCGUUUGCGGCGAGAAUCACUCCUCCUUUGCAGAUUCCGCACGUCAGAUCGCACAAUGCCGCGUCGCGCUCACCGAGAUCCUUGAGCCCAGCGCUCUACACUUCCCGUUCCAGCGGACAUGUUUCGGUGCCUCUUUACAGCCCUCAUUCUGUAUGCGUUCCGACCGGAACGCCAACGUUGCUUGCUGGUCGGAGACAACCAGGCGAUGUACACAAAGUGCCUUCGUUGACAUCCUUGAGCGGCAUGUCGAAAAUGAGGCGUAUGCCUAUCCGGAUGGAUUCCACAGCGAGUACUGCCAGCACGGAAGCUUCCCCGUACGGCCGCGCGCUGAGCAGGGACUCCUACACGGAGCGCUUGGACGAGGAGCUGCGCAUUCUUUGCGAGAGCAUUGACCAGGACAAGGAUGGCCGCAUCUCCAAGUGGGAGCUCUUCCGCGCUGUUCAGAAGAGCCAGGAGAUUGCGCGGACGUUGCUGCCGGGUCGAGAUCCCAGCAUCGUCAUGAAAUGCCCCGACACGUUUGACGAGGUCGAUCGCCUCUAUCACAAAAUCUCCGGUGGCCAAGAAAGGAUCUCCUAUGCCACCUUUGCGCUGUACUGGCAACAAGCACAGGCACCUAAGGACAACGGCCCUCGUGACCUUCAAGACGUCUUCAAUAUGAUCGAUGCAGGCAGACCCUACCGGCCAAACGAACAGUGA